AUGCGUCGCAUCCAUCUCCGUCAGCUGCCCACGGAAAUCGAUGAGAAGUCCUACACGGUGCUUGACACCUCCGAGGGAUUGGUGAUGCUCCACGUGAACCACGGUGCCAAGGAGGCGCGAGUGGGCAACGUGUACAUCUCCGAUGACAAGGGCUACCGAUUCACCCUCUCGCUCCCCAACAACGUGCGGGGCACCAAUGGUGACUGCGAGUUUGACAAGGUCCUCAGCCUUGAGGGUGUGUACAUGGCCAACUACAAGGAGACGAAGAGCUCUGACACCAGCGGAGGUGUGGAUGACAAGACCAAGGCAUGUGCCGAGCUCCAUGUUGAACGUCGGCUGGUCUUUUGCGUCGGUGCACAGGUGGACAAGCGUCGAGCGCCUAAGUCCAAAGCCAAGGAGGAGAGCGUCAUCCGAACGGUGAUCUCCUUCGACAAGGGCGGAGCAUGGUCUUAUCUCAAGCCUCCGCGGGUGGACUCCACCGGCAAGCAGAUUGAAUGCCCGGUGGACAAGUGCUGGCUUCAUUUGCAUGGAAUUACAAACUUCCACAACUACGCGCCGUUUUACUCCACGGAGAAUGCCAUUGGGAUCAUCAUGGGCACCGGCAAUGUAGGCACCUCCCUUCGCUUCGAGCCUGACCAGACCAACACCUACCUCUCCCGGAACGGCGGGCUCACGUGGAUCGAAGCUCAUAAAGGUGCUUUCAUCUAUGAGUAUGGAGACCAUGGUGGCCUCGUUGUCAUGGCAGAUGAUGUUCGAAAAACCAAGCUUGUGGUCUUCUCUUGGAAUGAAGGCCAGAGCUGGUACGACUUCGAACUCUCUAGCAUGCCCGUGGAGGUGGAUAAUAUCGUCACGGAGCCCAACGCGACUUCCACGAAGUUCCUCCUCUACGGGACUCGGGGAGACACCGGCGUGAUGUACCACCUUGAUUUUGAGAGCUUGGGCCAACCUCUUUGCAAGGGGGUUUGGGCAUCCGACUCCGUGUCCUCUGACUACGAGACUUGGAUCCCAUCGGAUGGCAAAAACACCGAGAAAUGCUUGAUGGGCAAGCAGGUGACCUACACCCGACGGAAGCAGACUUCCGAGUGCUUCAACGGGGAGAAGUUCGAGCGGCCCGUCAGUCGCAAGAAUUGCGAGUGCACGCAAGAAGACUUCGAGUGCGAAGUGGGUUUCACUCGGCCAGUCGGCUCGACUGAGUGCAGAUUUGCCGAUGAUGGCAGCAUCAAGAUACCCUUGAGCUGUGCUAGAAAUGACCACUUCUUCGCCAACGGCUACCGCAAAGUGGUCGGCGAUACCUGUGAAGGUGGGUGGCAACCACAACAGGUCUCGGUCGCCUGUCCCGCCAAGCCAAUGAGCAAAGGCCACAGUUGGUCGAAGGGUCGGGCACCGCUGGGGUGA